AUAUCCAUCUUCAACAAACUCUCUCUCCCUCUGGUACACCAACCGUUAGUGGAGCAACAUUAUGUCCUUAAACUAGCUAGAAGCAAUAAAAGGACACCAUUCUGCUCCUUUUCUUCAACAACACUCUGAUAUCAAUCAUUACCGAUGAAAAUGAAAGCAUUAGUUGUCUUCAGAUCCAAGCUUUUCAGGUCAUGCAAGAAACUACUAAUACUCUUCAGAUUCAAGCUCAAAAGACCCGUCUUUAUAAGAGAUCUUCGACUUCAUCGUCGUAGGAAAAAACCCAGAAAAGCUCCUCAAAAGAGUCGAGUUUUUAAUUUUUUUCGUUCUUUUAGGAAGUCGAGAAAGAUGGACAGAGUUGCAGAACUUAGGAGCGUCUCCGAAGCAGAGCGUGAGAGAAUGCUUUAUCCAUCUCCUCUUACACCAGCUUAUAUCAAGGCCAGUUUGGCCACAAAAAGGCAGACCUUUGGUGAUGAAGAUGUAGAAGAUGCAUGCAGAAGUUUCGAGAACUAUUUGGUGGAGAUGAUGGUUGAAGAGGGAAAAGUCAGGGAUUUAGCGGAUGUGAAGAGCUUCUGUAUUGCUGGAAAAACCUCAAGUGUCCUGUCUUCAUUGGUUUGGUCUGCAGAUUCUACGGAGAGCUAUGCAAGGACUUGUUCUCUCCUGAUGUUGACACCACCGACGUUGAUAGUCCCAAAUGUCCCAAAUGAUUCUGCGACUAGUAUUGCUUCCUUUUGCAGCUGCGGAGACAAUCCCUGUCCUCUCCGCAAUCCCUCUUCUGGAUUCUCUGUUGACUCUUUGUAAUGCUAGUAGAUAAUGAAAGGAAUAAAUCCCAUUGUUGUA